CCUCAACCAUAAGUAGUCUCUUCUUGAGAAAUAUAUGUUCAACAUACAUACUGAGGCCUCAGUGAACAAUAUGUGACCAAUAUCUGUGGACACAUCAUGACACAUGGCUGUAGGAUCGUUCUUUGGAUAACAGUUUGUACACUCGGCGUUACUAUAUCGCAAACAAAUGUUGAAGAAGAUGUGAAUGUACCAUGUGGAAACGUGACUACAGAGUGUUUCAAAAACUUGUGCAAGUGUUCUCUUUAUUGUGUCAGUUGCACAAAUAGGGGAAGGAGACUCACAAAGAUACCCAAUUUAAACCCUACAAUACAGCUUCUGAACUAUACAUCAAACUAUCUUGGCAGGAUAACAAGAGCAACAUUUCGAAACAUCACACAGUUGAAAAUCCUAUUUCUUCGUAACAACAGUAUCACAUACAUUUCUGGUGAUGCGUUCCAAGACAUGUUAAGGCUGGAGCUUCUCGACCUAAGAUACAGCAGUGUCCCUGAAGAUGUUCUUCAGGAAUGCUUUUACAGUUUACAGAGUAAAAUUCGAAUACUUGACGUGUCAAAUAACAUAAAUGUUCGCAAUAUCACAGAGGAUUUUGUACGUGGGCUUACACGCCUGAAUAUAGACAGCCUAAAUAUUGAAUUUUGUCAAAUCAGACAUUUGAAUUUUUCCGUGUUUUCUCGAAUGAAAUCAUUACGCGUCCUACGUCUUGGUAAUAACUUCAUAUCUUGGACGAUAGCUGUUGUACCCCAACACCUGAAGUAUAUUUAUUUACAUUCAAACUUCCUGACAGAGAUCCCAAAUUUGUGUGUUCAUACUAAUCAUUCACAACUUCAACAUUUAGACAUUUAUCACAACGUUUUAGUCUCUUUGUCCAAUAGUAGUUUGAAUUGUCUUACAGCCUUGAAAUACCUAAUGCUAGUUGGUAAUUCAUUGAGUUUGAUUCAGACAGAUACUUUUUCGUCAUUACCAAACCUUAGUGUUCUUUCAUUAAACAAUGUUUUCAGAAACAACGCACGACUGGAGGCAUAUGCAUUUAAUAACAGUGCUAUUAAAACACUUUACCUCGCAGGCAUUGCUAAAUUCAUAUACUUUGGGGAUGUUGUUCACCCAAAGGCACUGAGAGGAUGCACGGAACUUACAUACUUGGACCUGUCGUACAAUACAAUGCUGAACUUUAACGAUAGCUUUUUCGACACACUUCUUUGUGAUCUUCAAAAACUAGAGGUUCUGAGAAUGCCAAGGUGUCAUUUAUACGCCGUUCCUAGCGUAAUAUCUACAUUCCAUCAACUUACAUAUAUAGAUCUUCAUGGCAACAGAAUUGUGUCAUUAAAUCCUGGUGUGUUCAAUAGCUUGACAAAACUCAAAACUCUGAACCUCUCAGAAAAUGCCAUCCAGGUCGUCAGUGAAGCUGUAUUUUCUAUACCAAUCAGAGAGCAAUUGUCAAAAGUGAAUUUGGCUUUUAAUGAUUUUGUCUGUACUUGUGCUAGUCUUUGGUUUGUUACAUGGGUGAAGGCAGAUAAAAGUAAAUUUACUAACUUCCCAGAGUCAUAUCGAUGUGGAUAUCCAUUGAACCUCCAAUCAACGCUUCUGAUUGAUGCCAAUGUGUCUGAAGAGACGUGUCGGAUCUCACCUUAUUUGUUUCCCAUAGUCUAUGGUCUAUCAUUAGUUUCAAUAGUGUUAAUAGUAGUUAUCUCCAUAGCCUAUAGAUUACGUUGGCGCAUUCGCUAUUAUAUCCACAUGUUGAGAUACAAAAAGAGGAAGCAAGUUGAUGAAGAGAGAUACAUCUAUGAUGCUUUUGUGGUUUAUUGUGAAGCUGAUUCCAGAUGGGUAAGGAAUAAUAUCAUACCAAGGAUUGAAGAGGAAGCCAACUUUAAGCUGUGUAUCCACGAGAGAGACUUUAUUCCUGGGGAAUAUAUAGUUGAUAACAUUGUAACCAAUUUGAAUAAUAGCCGAAAUGUCAUCAUGGUGCUGUCUAAUUCUUUCAUUCUGAGUUCAUGGUGUCAGUUCGAACUAGCUCUGAUCCAGAAACGAGCUCUGGAGAAGGAUGAGGGGUAUCUGUUGGUGGUGCUGCUUGAAAACAUUGAGGACAGGAACAUGACGUCAUCACUCUAUGCCCUCUUUCAGACGACUACCUAUAUCACGUGGCCAGACGUGGAGGAAGAUAGACGUGUAUUCUGGAUGCGACUUAAACAAUGUUUACAUGGUUAAAUGGUAGUCAUCCAAAUAUUCUUAAGAGAGAAAUCAAGUGUUUAUUCGGACAUCUGAACAAUAGUAUACUUAUGGAAAUUGAUUGGAUUGAGUUUGAAAAUUGCGUUUGCUUGCAUUGAAAACAGUCACUGGGUCUUUUUCGUUUUCUGAGACCACAUUCAAUAAUGUUAUUUUUUAAUGUUUUUUUUAUCUUCUCAUUACUGAUAUUUGAAACAUGUAAGCCUAAUAUGCAAUUUUUGAACCGGUGUCUGGGGAUAUGGAAAUAAUUAUUAAAUUAUGUUUACACUAAUACAUAAGUAAUAAUAUUUACUAGAAAAUAUGUAAAAGGUUCAGGUACUCGAACUAUUUGUUUGUAGCGAAAAAUAUAGAUGUGGGCUUUGUGGUUCAUUGGCAUCUCAAUUUAUUUCAAAAUCACAUAAAAUUUGUUUUGUUAGUGCCUCUGUUGGUUCCAAGUUCAAUCCACUGAAAUAGAACAUCAAAGGUAUUGUGUGAUUGAAAUCGAUGGUAUUUUUGUGUAAAAUCGAGGGGUUGGGGGUGGAAUAUACUGCACAAGUUGACGAUUUUAUGAGAUAGCAAUGAUAUAUGACAAUGACAGGACAAUGGCAUGACGUCACUCAAUGCAUAUAAUUGACAAAAAAAACGUUAGGGAUUGUGUGACGUGCCGAUGCCUGAGAAA